UGAACAUACUUAACCCUGUAAUGCUUAGUGGGGUUUCGCAUCACCCCAAAGAAAAUUCAAAUGUUCACUAAUUUUUUGUGCAUAAAUUGGCAACAUCGGAGAUCCCGCUAUGUUCAUUUGAGGUUAAAGUGUGUGUGUUGUUGGUCGCACAUUUUUGUUCAGUGCAAUAGUUUAUAUGAUAUUUUACGUUUGGGGUGACGAGUAACCCCAGGUAAGCUUAAACUGGUAUUUUUAUUUUAUUCCACACACUAGAUUACGUAAUUUAUUUAGAUGGCUGUCCGACCAGAUGAUCCCAAAUUUGAAGAAACUCUGUUACGAUGGAAUGAAGAACUCGACAAUGAACCUGAUUCAGAUAAUGACGGCACUGACUAUGACGACCAUGUUUCAAUUCAGUCCGACAGGGAGAGCACCUACUCUACGGAUGAUAGUGAAGUAGAGAGUGAGACAGAACAACAACUUCCUGGCAAAGUAAUAAAAGGAAAAAAUGGACAUAUUUGGAGCACUGAGCUUCCAUGUCGUACUCGAACACCUAAGCGAAACAUUGUUUCAUGUAUUCCAGGACCAAAAGGUGCGGCCAAAAAUAUUUCAACGGAAUUAGAGGCAUGGAAGUUAUUUUUUAGCGCAAACGUUAUAGAUAUUAUAGUGGUGCAUACAAAUAUGGAAAUAGAACGACAAAGAGGGAAAUAUGUUGCUAAUUGUGGCUUUGUUAACGAGACAGACGUUGAAGAGAUCUUGGCUUUGAUAGGACUGCUUUAUAUGACAGGUUGUAGAAAAGACAAUCAUCUAACUACAGCAGAAAUGUGGUCAAAGCAUGGACCAGAAGUCUAUCGAUGCGUAAUGAGUGAAACAAGGUUUAGAUUUUUGAUAUCUUCCUCAGAUUUGACGACAAAACCAUGA